ACCGUCGUCACUGAGGAAAAGAAUUAAGAAUCUAAGAAGAAAAGACACAAAUCCAAAAGAAUAUUCUUUCCCUUUUUCAUAUCAACACAAUUUGUAUCUCUGAUUUGUGAUCUUUCUUCUUCUUCUUCUUGUGUGUUGUUGAAAGUUUCAAUUUUUACAAUUAGUAUUUAAAUACUUAUCCUUCUCCCAAAAAAGUUCACACAAUCCAAUCCAAUUCAAUUGCUUCCAAAAAUUUGAUUAAUUAGAUCUUCUAGUUCUAGCCAUGGUUCUUCACCGAGAACAAGAGCUUCUUCUCUCUUCUCCUUUCAUUGACCCUUCUAAAGGAGAUGGUGGAAAAUCUGGUGGGAUGUCAAUUGAGAAGAAGAUUGAGUUCCUUGAGAGCUUGACUGGAAAGGUUACAAAUCGAAGAUCCCGUAGGUGGUUAAACGAUCGUCUCCUGAUGGAACUGGUUCCACGAUUAAAUGCGGAGGAAAUCAGAGGCUUGUUUGCUCCACCACCAUGGGGUGAAGAAGUUCCACCUUCAACAUUUUCCAUGACUAAUGUGGAAGAGUGGGACAGAUUCAGGAAUAUAGACAUGGAUAAAGAGGUCAAUAUGAUCCAUGCUUUCGAAAACUCUUUAGACAAGAGGAAAGGCCGUGUUGAUGCUGACAAGUUGGCAGUAUUGAAUGGUUGGCAUAGAGUUGAUUGUCGAACAAGAGAGGCACUUCGACGCAGCUCUGUUUCCGAACUCAUAGAGGGUUAUGAGGAAUGUAUACGGACGUUUAUAACGAAAAGCUCGGAUGGAGAUGUUCUUGAGCUGCAAAUUCAGGAUCCUUUUAGGAGAUUGUUACUGCAUGGUGUUUGUGAGUUCUACAACUUGGCCUCAGAUACAGUGACAGAUAUGAAUGGUGGUGUGGAGUCAUCAAAGAUGACAAAGAUAAAGAAGAAGAAAAGGGGUUCUCCUCAGCUUCCAAAUAUCACUCUCUGCCACUUUCUGAAGAUGUCCAAGGAAGGAAGUUGGUAAUUUGAUUCAGGGAGAAAUGUUGUAAUUCCUUAUUAUUAUUAUGAUAAAAGACCUGUCUUUAGUCAAUUAUGUACAAUGUAAAAUUAAUUUAGUUGUUUAUUAUUGCACAAUAAUUUCACUGUAAAUUAGUCUUUAGAACUGUCUAUUCAAUUGGUUGAUACUUGAUACCAUUAGUCAACAUAACAAGUUGAUUGCUGGCUUAAUUUACAAUGUUAUGGUUGUUUAAUUCAAGAAUAAACACUUAACUCGGUUC